GCACCACAAGACACCAAUCCAUCACGCCGGACUCGCUGCUGGGGCUUAACCGGGGUCAAUGGUGGCCCACCGCGAGGCGUUUCUUACUCCGUAUCAGCAGAUUGCGCUGUUCCUUUUGCUUUUGUGAGGCUUGCUCCGCCUUCAUGUUCUCAUCCUCGCCGAGUCUCGCCCUCGGUCGUCCUUUCGUUUCUUUUCCCGGGUUUCCCCAAUGCAUCCCAGAAGUCUUCACUCCUUUGACUCUGGAAGCAGAACUUUACCUCUCCGGUUUGCUUUGACAUAGUUAACCACAGACCAGAUCGACAUUCUUUGAUCGGCUCCGGACCCUUCGGCAUUCAUCCAACGCGCUACGUCCCUCACUUUGAUUCGGUUUCAUCUCCUCUCCAUCACAUCACGCUCGGUUGCCAUGACGCAUUGAUCAGCAACGCUAUCUCCUACAUCCUUGAAGCAUCAAGAUGCGGAUUCCACCACAAGGGCCUCUCGAUGGAAGAGGCCUGGGAAAGAGGCUGAUCGGGGAGCUCGUCGAGACAUUGACGUCUCCCAUCUGCAAACUCCUUCCCAAGGCCCCAGGAUGUUCCCAGCCGGAUCCUGCUCCGGCCCCGACUCCGAAUCCGGCGCCCACACCGAACCCGCCAGCUCCGACGCCGACACCACCCGCUCCGACCCCCACGCCGGUCACUAACCCGGCAGCGCAGCAGCCCCCAACGCAGCAGCCGCCAGUGGUGGCCCCGCAGCCGACAGCUAACCCCGAUACCCAAAGCCCCCCGCCCGCUCAGCAGCAGCCGCCUGCCGCUGGCACAGGGUCGAAUGGCUCGGGAGGUUCGGGAUCUUCUGGCUCCGGGUCCUCCACCGGCGGGUCUUCCAGCACCAGUACCUCGGGCUCGGGCUCGUCUGGCGCCGGCUCGGAUUCAUCAGGCACGGGCUCCGGCUCCUCAGGCACCGGCUUUGGAAACGCUGGCUCGUCCGGCUCGGGCAGCACCACUAGCUCUGGCUCGGCUUCUGGUUCGGGUUCUGGCUCUGGGAAUGGCGAAGGCGCUGAGGGAACGACCACCUCCAAUGGCGGGAUGAACGCUGGGGGAGGCACGACCACGGACGGCAACACCAACGAUCCUGUAUCUAGUAGCGAGUCUGGCGUGUCUCAGGCCGCUGGGAACACGUCAGGGCAGGGAGAGGGCUCGCAGUCAAGCUCUGGCAGCUCCGGCAGUGGUUCGGACUCUGCCGGAGUUGGUGGCGCCGGCGGACCAGUUGUGGCUCAGACUCAAAAGGGUACUACCAACAACAACCCAACUACCGUCGGCGUAGCGGCACCUGGGACGACGAGCUCCAGCUCUUUUACGGGUAAUGGCUUCUCCGGUACUGACUUUAAUGGGCUGAAUGCCGGCGCGGGGUCGUCGUCCGGGACUGGUAUCACGGGCAGCAACGGUGGUGAAGAUGGCAACAGCGUCGAGGGCAGCCCGAGCCCCGGUUCUCUGCUUGGGAUCAUUGGUGGUGUCGUUGCCAUCCUGGUUCUCCUCCUCUUGCUGCUCGCUUUGCUGCUCUACAAGUACCGGCAUAAACGCCGGGUCCAGGCAUUUCUUUACAGGUUCACGCCCUUCAAGGUGGCACCGUACACGGAUCUCGAGAAGAAACGAUCGUCCAUGGGCGCCUCUCUUUUGUUCACCGAUGGUUCCCACGGCGAUGCAUUGAUGGUCGAGAAACGGAUCAGUCUCAGCUAUGGUACCAUCGUUGCCACGCCCGUCACGCACCCCAAUCCGGCUGCGGCUCCCCCCGAGCGCCCCGACGGCCCUGCUCCUCUCAUCACAACCCUCACCAACAGACGACCUGGAAGCCCAAUCAGCCCGUUCGACGUCUCGCCUAUGUCGGCUGGCUUCCCUCAGAGUCCGCCCCCCACCGUGCCCCGCCGAUCAAGCCAGGACUCCAUCGGGGGAAUCAGCGUCGCCAGCAGCGGCAUCUUCUCACCGUCAUUGAUAUCGUGGCCAAUGCCGCCGUCGGCCGGAACGUCGCCUCCGGCCAGCGCACACGGAAACAUUGCGGAUCUGGCUGCCAAGUAUAAGCCUCUGGAGCCAACUAAGCCCAUGACACCCACCACGUUCAAGGGGCCUUCCAUGCCGGCCACUCCGUCGAACUGGAAGAAACCACCUGGAUGGGACUGAGGACACGCAACUACGCGCUUGGAUUCGCCUCCGAUGUGGGUGGGAGGUGGUUGAUGACACGACAUGGAACACGAGCUAUGGGUGUCUAUGCCCCUUCCACAAGACAUGACUGAACAUCAUAUAUCACUCACUUUUUGAACACUAUCUUUCCUUUUCGGUGCUUUCCUUUUGGUAGUGGCCGUUGUUUGCUCAAAUUUGGCCGCUGGUUGAUAUACCCAUCGAGACUAGAUCAUAAUAACUUAAUCUUCUCUGUACAUAUCAACGUCAAUCACAACUCGACUUCAAUUCCAG